GUCGAUGCCUCAUGUGAGCGAGGAAGCCGCGGAAGUGAGCAAGAUCAUGGAUAAGAGAUGUGAUGCGACCCCUUCCAGUCCGGAAUUGGAGCAGGGAACGCCGGUUUCUGAGGUGAGAUUCCGUCUCUAUCUUUAUUUUUCACGCUUCGUCGUCGACAUGCAAAAAUAAAAAUAAAAGCCGAGAAUAUCUAUUUAACGCAACCCAACGCAGAUCCUUCUCCGCGACAAGGAUGCGCAGAAAUACGCCCCCAAGGUCUUCCAGGACCAGAACAAGACCGGUCCCUCAGGGUCCAGGUCAUUCUCGACCUCCGUACGCCGCAGCCACCUCGAAUCGCACAGUCAACCCAACGACCAGGCUUCCGCCGCACUUGUCGAGAGCAUGAUCUCGCAGGUCGCCCAGCAAGCAGCCGAGCUAGGCCCUGGUCUGAAAUUCGCUGCUCCCGAAACUCUUCCCAAGUCAGAGAACUUCCGCACAAGAUACGAGCCGCUUCUGGAGCAGUUUACCAAACUGCUCAUGCGCGACGGGAAAUUGAGCGCCGCUCAGAAGAACAUGGCAUUCGUCCUCGACCACCUCCGCUCCGCCUCCCCUCCCAAUCCUAACCCCAAACGCCCUCUCCUCCCCGGCCCGCCAGCCCCCCAGCUGCCCCUCAACCCCGUGCUUUACCUGACCAUGAUCGUCGACUCUGUUGCACCUCUGGUCAAAAUCCGUCAGCAAAAGGGUAUCGCUGGUGGUGGUGCCUCCGUGCAGAUUCCCGUCCCGCUCGCCCAGAGACAACGCCGCAGAACCGCUAUCCGGUGGAUCAUCGAUGCGUCUGAUAAGCGUCGAGACAGCCACUUCGCCCAGCGCGUGGCUCAUGAGCUAGUCGCUGUUGCUGAGGGGCGUAGCGGUGUUUGGGAUCGUCGGGAGCAGGUGCACAAGCUUGGUAUUGCGGGUAGAUCGAAUUUGGGUUCUAUGACCGGUGGUCGUCGGUAGAUCUGAAAAAAUACGGGGACAUCCGGGUUGCUUGUAUGAUUUUUUUUUUUUUAAGUGAAAGGGUAGAUUUCCUUACGGUGCAGCUUAGCUUUUUUUUUUCUUUUACU